AUGGCCUAUGUGCAGGUAGAGGCCGACGAUCAACGUCUCGAAGAAGGGCCAGAAGGCCUCCAAUUCAAAUCAUUUCUUGGCGCGGAUGCGUCUGGAACGCGGAAUGCAUCCAACCCGCCGCGGAGUGCAGGUGUCGGCAAUGCUGACCGACGGUAUCUCGCGGAUGAAGCAAAUCAACGGAAAGGCGGUGGAGGAUUCUGGACGUUGGAUUACUACCAACCGUACUUCGAUGUUGACACGCAAACGGUGCUGAAACGAUGCUACACAACUCUUAUCCCGACCGCAGCACCAACGUACAUCUCCACGCAUCUCAACCCAGCUGACCUUUACGGUCCAUUCUGGACCCUUACAACACUCAUCUUCGCUCUUUUCCUUUCAUCUUCCCUCGGAGCAUCCAUUGCAAAGUACUUGUCAACAGAUGGGAAGCCCUAUGACUACAACUUCCAACUUCUGAGCAUCGCCGUUACACUGGUAUAUGCAUAUGGACUAGGCAUCCCUGUCCUUCUCUGGGUCGCACUACGGUAUCUUGGGGUGGGUGAAUGGAGCGUCGUAGAGGCGAUUGCAAUCUGGGGAUAUGCCCAGUUCGCAUGGAUACCUGUCGCGGUGCUCUGCGUAAUUCCAGUGCCAAUCAUGCGCUGGGUCCUCGUUGCGGCAGCUUUCGGUCUCUCAGGUUGGUUCCUCGCUGCAAACGUCUACCCUAUCCUCGCAUCCGCCGAGGCAAAAGCCACCCGCCUGAUUAUCAUCAUCCUUGCAGCCAUCCAUCUUGGCGUCGCCAUCUCCUUCAAAGUUAUCUUCUUCAGCUAUUACGUUGUCGACAAGAUCGGCGCGGACAUCCCCCUUCCUGGCAGCGAUGUUCCAGAAGGGAACUCCACGACGCCGCGCUGGUUCUGA